AUGUGAGCGUUUGAGGCAGGCUGGAGAGCAGCUCCGCACAGGCGGCAUCCUGAGCCAGCCCACGGGCUGACAUGACCUCUCCCGCUGCCCUGGUCUGGGCCCUGGGACUCACGCUCCUCCACUCUGGCCAGGGUACCGAAGAGGAGUCAGAGCUGUCGGGAGACUCAGUUCCAGAAGAAGAAGAAACACCCAGCCAAGGCACCACAUUGGCUGCCUUCACUACGGUAGCCACAGAUGCGUUCACUGAACAGAGCAACUCCACAGACCUGGUUGCUGAUGACAACCAGUUAGAGUUUCUAUUGAUGGUGUUGGUUCCCUUGAUUUUGAUAGUCCUUCUCCUUCUAUCCGUGGUCUUCCUUGCAAUGUAUUUUAAAAGAAAGACAACAAAGCAAGAGCCGUCCAGCCAAGGAUCUCAAAGUGCUUUGCAGACAUAUGAACUGGGAAGCGAAACCCUGAAAGUGCCUAUUUUUGAGGAGGAUACACCCUCAGUCAUGGAAAUCGAGAUGGAAGAGCUUGAUAAAUGGAUGCCCACCAUGAAUAGAAGUGCUGACUAUGAAUGUUUACCUACUCUGAAGGAAGAAAAGGAAUCAAACCACAACCCCAGUGACACUGAAUCCUAACACCGUGUGUGUUGCUGAUGUUUUCCAAAAGAAGCAACCCUGCGGGAGCUGCGACGCUUGCCAACAGAGAAUGGAGAGGAUAUGAAUUUAAUUAAUUUCAAAUCAACAGAGACACAGAACCUUUCGCUGUUUCUUCCAACGCCCACGCCUGCCCCGAUGCCAUUACCUGUGUUUGGAAGAAUGAGCCAUUGAGAAGGACCAGGCGAGGCCUGGCAGCCCGCCUGGGCUCUGAAGGUGGAAAACGAAGCAAGGGAGCCGCUAGCUGCUGACCAGUCAGGAUUCCCACCUCAACCAACUCACAUCUGAACACGCUCACUCUGGCCACCCCAAGUCCCCAGUCCGCUUUCUGCUUUGUUCUCAGGGUUCACACCAGGAAGCUGUUUCCCCUGGGGUCUCCUGAGUUCAUUUAUUGCCUAGCCAACUUUGGGUAAUUUCCUCUCCUCAUACAAGUCCUCCGAUGGCUCAGUUCCUUCAGCAAGAACUUUCCUGAAGGCUGGGAACGUAUGGAAAUGUAUGGAAAAAAGGCGCCAAACAAAGCACACAUUGCCGUGUCUAUACCAUCCUAGUGGCUUCCUAAGUCCUAGCUUCUCCCAAGAAGACAAAAGCCAGAGAGUAGGCAGUCCCGAGACGAGGCGGAUGAUUUAGAGACUUGAACUUGGUCCCACCCCAGUCUCCCUUUGGGUUCUUCCUGAAGGAAGGAGGACUCUUUAAAGAAAGAUCCAGCCUUUUCCUUCUUGGCUACAUCCUCCCACUUGUCUGGUACCCUGGAGCUCAACACAUCCCUCGGGCCUGUGAUAUGUGGGUGGGGCAUUUGCCACCCUACCGCCUCUCAGAGACCCUGAAGGUCCUU